UAUUAUGAAAAGUUUUUCUAAGAAGUGUAACCCGAGCCUUUGUGUUUUAGUCACUCCAUGGAUUCCUUUGGGCCACCCAGACCAGAAGAUCGUCAGUCAGUAGUCAGCAGAAUGCAAAAGAAAUACUGGAAAACUAAACAGGUCUUUAUCAAAGCAACAGGCAAGAAAGAAGACGAGCAUUUGGUGGCAUCUGAUGCUGACUUGGAUGCUAAACUGGAGGUUUUUCACUCCAUUCAAGAGACAUGCACUGAACUUCUGAAGAUAGUCGAGAAAUAUCAGCUAAGACUCAAUGUUAUAUCAGAAGAAGAAAAUGAGCUAGGUCUCUUUCUAAAGUUUCAAGCAGAACGGGAUGCGACUCAAGCUGGCAAAAUGAUGGACGCCACUGGCAAAGCACUGUGUUCCUCAGCCAAGCAGAGGUUGGCGCUGUGUACUCCCCUGUCACGUCUGAAGCAAGAGGUAGCCACAUUCAGCCAGAGAGCAGUGUCUGACACCCUGCUGACCAUCAACCGGAUGGAGCAAGCACGCACAGAGUACAGAGGCGCCCUGCUGUGGAUGAAAGAUGUGUCGCAAGAGCUGGACCCGGACACCUCAAAGCAAAUGGAAAAGUUCCGGAAAGUAUGAAAACCUAUUCUUUCCUUUCUUUGCAUGACCUAUGGAAGCAUAACAGAAUAAUUGAGAUUAUAAAAUGGCAGAAUAUUUUU